GCUUCUUCUUCUUCUUCUUCUCUCUUCUACGCAUUCUCUCUGAAAAAGUCUGUACUCCCACUUGCCGCUCCUCAUGCCAUGUCCGCUCUCCGCCAUCGCACUCCACCUGGACCGAACCGGUCUAACCGGGCACAAGAACCGGAAGAGGAGCACUACAACAUCAUACCCAUCCACAACCUCUUAGCCGACCACCCCUCACUACGGUAUCCUGAGGUGCGAGCAGCCGCUGCUGCUUUGCGCACUGUCGGGAACCUCCGGAAGCCGCCGUAUUCCCAAUGGCACCCUUCUAUGGACCUGCUGGAUUGGCUGGCUCUUUUCUUUGGGUUUCAGAAGGACAACGUUAGGAACCAGCGGGAGCAUAUAGUCCUUCACCUUGCCAACGCCCAGAUGCGCCUCACUCCUCCUCCUGACAACAUCGACACUCUUGACGCUACCGUGCUCCGGAGAUUCCGCCGGAAAUUGCUGAAAAACUACACCAACUGGUGCUCUUAUCUCAAUAAGAAAUCCAACAUCUGGAUCUCUGACCGGUCACAUCCCGAUCUCCGUCGCGAGUUGUUGUAUAUAUCUCUCUAUCUCCUAAUCUGGGGGGAGUCUGCGAAUCUCCGCUUCAUGCCGGAAUGUAUCUGUUACAUUUUCCACAAUAUGGCCAUGGAAUUGAACAAGAUACUCGAGGAUUACAUAGACGAGAACACGGGACAGCCGGUGAUGCCUUCGCUUUCCGGCGAGAACGCGUUUCUCAAUUGCGUCGUCAAGCCGAUUUACGAGACGAUCAAAAAGGAGGUAGAGAGCAGCAAGAAUGGAACGGCGCCACAUAGUGCUUGGAGAAACUAUGAUGAUUUAAACGAGUAUUUUUGGACGAAAAGGUGUUUCGCCAAAUUGAAGUGGCCAAUCGAUAUAGGGAGUAAUUUCUUCGUGAUUUCAAGUGGGCGAAAGCAUGUAGGGAAGACGGGGUUUGUGGAACAGAGGUCGUUUUGGAACUUGCUAAGGAGUUUCGACAGGCUAUGGGUGAUGCUAAUACUGUUUCUACAGUUCGCGAUUAUUGUUGCGUGGGAAAGGAAGGAAUAUCCAUGGCAGGCAUUGGAAGACCGGGAAGUUCAGGUUCGGGUUUUGACUCUGUUCUUUACUUGGAGUGGGUUGCGGUUCUUGCAGUCUUUGCUUGAUGCAGGGAUGCAGUAUAGUUUGGUUUCUAGGGAGACCAUGUGGCUUGGGGUUAGAAUGUUGUUGAAAAGUGCGGUUGCCGCGGGGUGGAUUAUUGUAUUUGGGGUGUUUUAUGGCAGAAUUUGGAGUCAGAAGAACAGGGAUGGCAGGUGGUCUAGUGAGGCUAACAGGAGGAUAGUCAAUUUUCUUGAGGUGGCAUUGGUGUUUGUGUUGCCUGAGUUGUUGGCACUGGCUUUCUUUAUAAUCCCAUGGAUUAGGAAUUUUCUUGAGAAUAGGAAUUGGAGGAUCUUUUAUUUGCUCUCGUGGUGGUUUCAGAGUAGGAGUUUCGUUGGUCGUGGAUUGAGGGAGGGGCUUGUUGAUAAUAUCAAGUAUACUUUGUUUUGGGUUGUAGUUUUAGCCACCAAAUUUGCUUUCAGUUACUUUCUGCAGAUUAAACCCAUGAUUAAGCCAUCCAGGCAGUUGUUGGAUCUUAGGGAUGUGACUUAUGAAUGGCAUGAGUUUUUCAAAAGCAGCAACAGGUUUGCAGUAGGAUUGUUGUGGCUUCCUGUGGUAUUGAUUUACCUGAUGGACUUGCAGAUUUGGUACUCCAUCUAUUCAUCUUUUGUGGGUGCCUUAGUGGGCUUAUUGGCGCAUUUGGGUGAAAUCAGAAACAUCCAACAAUUGACGUUGAGAUUUCAGUUCUUUGCAAGUGCAAUUCAGUUUAAUCUCAUGCCAGAAGAGCAGCUAUUAAAUGCGAGGGGGACUUUGAAGAGCAAGUUCAAAGAUGCCAUUCAUCGGUUGAAGUUGAGGUACGGUCUUGGCCGGCCCUUCAAGAAGUUGGAGUCUAACCAGGUCGAGGCAAACAAGUUUGCUUUGAUCUGGAAUGAAAUUAUAACAACCUUCAGGGAAGAGGAUAUUAUCUCUGAUAGGGAGCUCGAAUUAUUGGAACUACCACAAAAUUCUUGGAAUGUGAAAGUUAUUCGCUGGCCAUGUUUUCUCCUUUGUAACGAGCUGCUACUUGCUCUUAGCCAGGCCAAAGAGUUGGUAGAUGCUCCUGAUAAGUGGCUCUGGUAUAAGAUAUGCAAGAACGAGUACAGGCGCUGUGCUGUUAUAGAAGCUUAUGAUAGCGUCAAGCACUUGUUGCUUGAGACCAUCAAGAUCAACACUGAGGAGCAUUCAAUUAUCACAGUCUUGUUUCAGGAAAUUGAUCACUCAUUGCAGAUUGAGAAGUUUACUAAGACUUUCAACAUGACUGCUCUUCCUCAUUUUCAUACCAAGUUGAUAAAACUUGUUGAGCUUUUGAAUAAGCCUAAGAAAGAUCUGAACCAGGUGGUGAAUACACUUCAGGCUUUGUAUGAGAUUGCUGUGCGAGAUUUUUUCAAAGACAAGAGGAGCACAGAACAGUUGAGGGAGGAUGGUUUGGCUCCUCAUGAUCCUGCUGCCAUGGCAGGUCUGCUUUUUCAGAAUGCAGUUGAAUUGCCUGAUGCCAGUAAUGAAACCUUCUAUCGGCAGGUACGACGGUUGCACACUAUUCUUACCUCUAGGGAUUCAAUGCAAAAUAUACCAAAAAAUCUUGAGGCCAGACGUAGAAUUGCCUUUUUUAGUAAUUCCCUAUUUAUGAACAUGCCCCAUGCUCCCCAAGUUGAGAAAAUGAUGGCUUUUAGUGUCCUGACCCCUUAUUACAAUGAAGAAGUGCUGUACAGCAGGGAACAGCUUCGAACUGAGAAUGAAGAUGGGAUUUCCAUAUGGUACUAUCUGCAAACAAUUUACAAUGAUGAAUGGAAGAACUUUAUUGAAAGGAUGCGCAGAGAAGGAAUGGUGAAGGAAGAUGAGCUAUGGACAACCAGGAUGAGGGAUCUUAGGCUUUGGGCAUCUUAUAGAGGCCAGACGUUGGCUCGUACAGUGAGGGGAAUGAUGUAUUAUUAUCGUGCUCUUAAGAUGCUGGCUUUUCUUGAUUCUGCUGCGGAGGUGGACAUCAGGGAAGGUUCACGAGAACUUGGUUCAAUGAGGCGAGAUGGUGGUUCGGAUAGCUUUAAAUCUGAAGGAUCUCCUUCUUUCAAUAGUUUAAGCAGGAAUAGUAGUUCUGUCAGUUUGUUGUUUAAAGGCCAUGAAUAUGGUACUGCUUUGAUGAAAUACUCAUAUGUGGUUGCCUGCCAGAUAUACGGGACUCAAAAAGCAAAGAAGGAUCCCCAUGCUGAAGAAAUAUUGUAUUUGAUGAAAACUAAUGAGGCCCUUCGAGUUGCCUAUGUAGAUGAGGUGAACACAGGGAGAGAUGAGAAGGAGUAUUACUCUGUGCUUGUGAAAUAUGAUCAGCAGUUGGACAAGGAAGUUGAAAUUUACAGGAUCAAAUUGCCAGGCCCCUUGAAACUUGGGGAAGGAAAACCAGAGAAUCAAAAUCAUGCUCUCAUCUUUACUCGUGGCGAUGCAGUGCAGACUAUUGAUAUGAACCAGGACAACUAUUUCGAGGAGGCGCUCAAAAUGAGAAAUCUUUUGGAAGAAUACAGGCGCUACUAUGGAAUUCGGAAGCCUACCAUCUUGGGAGUCAGGGAACACAUUUUUACCGGUUCUGUCUCAUCGCUGGCAUGGUUUAUGUCAGCCCAGGAAAUGAGUUUUGUCACCUUGGGACAGCGUGUUUUGGCAAACCCUUUGAAAGUUCGAAUGCAUUAUGGCCAUCCAGAUGUCUUUGACAGGUUUUGGUUCUUGACUCGUGGUGGCAUCAGUAAAGCUUCUAGGGUGAUUAACAUUAGCGAAGACAUUUUUGCUGGCUUUAACUGCACUUUGCGAGGAGGCAAUGUCACACACCAGGAAUAUAUACAAGUUGGUAAGGGAAGGGAUGUCGGGUUCAAUCAAGUUUCCAUGUUUGAAGCCAAGGUUGCCAGUGGAAACGGCGAGCAGGUUCUUAGCAGAGAUGUCUAUAGGUUGGGCCAUAGAUUGGAUUUCUUCCGAAUGCUAUCCUUCUUUUAUACUACUGUGGGAUUUUAUUUCAACACAAUGAUGGUCGUUCUGACAGUAUAUGCAUUUUUAUGGGGCCGGCUCUAUUUGGCUCUUAGUGGUGUUGAGGCUUCUGCUAUGGCCAGUAACAGCAGCAAUAAUAAAGCACUUGGUGCUAUUUUGAAUCAGCAAUUCAUAAUCCAACUUGGCCUUUUCACUGCACUUCCGAUGAUAGUAGAGAACUCUCUUGAGCAUGGAUUCCUCCAAGCUAUCUGGGAUUUCUUGACGAUGCAACUUCAGCUCUCAUCUUUUUUCUACACAUUCUCCAUGGGAACUAAAACUCACUUCUUUGGUCGAACUAUCCUUCAUGGAGGUGCAAAAUAUCGGGCGACUGGUCGUGGUUUUGUUGUGCAGCACAAGGGUUUUGCAGAGAAUUAUAGACUCUACGCCCGUAGUCAUUUUGUGAAGGCGAUUGAGCUUGGGCUGAUACUCACAGUUUAUGCUUCACACAGUGCUAUAGCUAAGGACACUUUCGUUUACAUAGCCAUGACCAUCUUUAGUUGGUUCCUGGUUGUGUCAUGGAUCAUGGCUCCAUUUGUUUUCAAUCCGUCUGGCUUUGAUUGGUUGAAGACAGUUUAUGAUUUUGAUGAUUUUAUGAACUGGAUUUGGUACAAAGGUGGUGUGUUUGCAAAAGCUGAACAGAGUUGGGAAAGAUGGUGGUGUGAGGAGCAAGAACAUUUGAGGACAACUGGGCUGUGGGGAAAGUUACUGGAGAUGGUUUUGGACCUUCGUUUCUUCUUUUUCCAAUAUGGCAUUGUCUAUCAAUUAGGCAUUUCUGAUAACAGUACCAGCAUUGCUGUUUACUUGCUGUCUUGGAUUUAUGUUAUUGUUGCUUUUGCAAUUUCUUGGGUGAUAGCAUAUGCUAGGAACAAAUAUGCAGCAAGAGAACAUAUCUACUAUCGACUGGUCCAGUUUCUUAUCAUCACACUUGGAAUAGUUGUGAUAGUAGCCUUGCUUGAGUUUACAUCUUUCAGAUUUAUGGAUAUAUUCACCAGUUUGCUUGCUUUUAUCCCCACUGGAUGGGGCAUGUUAUUGAUUGCCCAAGUACUUCGCCCCUUUCUGCAGUCCACUCCACUUUGGGGCCCAGUUGUUUCCAUGGCUCGGCUUUACGACAUAAUGUUUGGAGUGAUAGUUAUGGCCCCUGUGGCAUUUCUUUCAUGGAUGCCUGGGUUCCAAUCAAUGCAGACAAGGAUCCUAUUCAAUGAGGCAUUUAGUAGGGGCCUCAGAAUCUUCCAGAUUCUCACAGGGAAAAAAUCUAAGGUUGAUGUGUGAUUUGAGCUCUUAAGUCAUUAUGCGGCAUAUACAGAUGGAUUGGCCAGAUUUUCUCAGUUCUUCUGUGCAAUUGUGCAAGUCUGACAUGGGUGGCUACCAGUGCAAUCAAAAAUUCUGUAAGAGCGAGGGGAUAAUUCUAUUUGGUUCUUCAUUCGGGAAUCAUCUUUUAUUGCUGUUGUAAUUAGUGAGAUAUCUCAUGCUUCCAUUGAUGUUUAUUUUGGGGGGCUAUACAUGCUUUAACGUUCCACAUUUCUGAAACAACAGCUCUUCACGUAUGGUGUCUAUAAAAUGAGGUUAGUGUGGUAGUCUGUGAUUUGCUAGAGUAUUUGUUAUUCUUUUUGACAGAUGUGCAGCUUUAUUUAUCUAUUUAUUUAUUUUUAACUCGGUA